AUGCCAAUUCAUCACUUGAUGAUAGGAACGUGGACUCCACCGGGGGCCAUCUUCACUGUAGCUUUCGACGAUGAGAAAUUAACGUUGGAACUGGUGAAGAGAACCGAGAUUCCUCACGACGAACCAAUCUCAUGGAUGACUUUCGACCAUGCCAAGAAAAACAUAUACGGCGCGGCCAUGAAGAAAUGGUCAAGCUUUGCCGUCAAGAGUCCGACAGAGAUCGUCCACGAAGCGUCGCAUCCAAUGAACCAUGAUCCACAAGCAAGCCUGGCCACGACCAACACUCGCGCCAUAUUCCUACUUGCCGCAAAACAACCGCCUUACGCCGUCUACUGCAAUCCCUUCUACACACAUGCCGGUCAUGGAUCCGUAUUCUCCGUCUCAUCUACCGGCGCUCUCGAAAAUGACAUACAGCACUACCCGUACCAACCUAACACCGGUAUCCACGGCAUGGUAUUCGAUCCGACAGAGACCUACCUUUACUCGGCCGACCUGAAAGCGAACAAGCUAUGGGUGCAUAAGAAAGCGCCGUCUGGCGAAGUAGACUUGGUGGGAAGCGUAGACGCGCCGGAUCCGAAGGACCACCCGCGCUGGGUGGCGAUGCACCCGACGGGCAAUUACCUAUACGCGCUCAUGGAGGCCGGCAACCGGCUCUGCGAGUACGUCAUCGACCCGGCGACGCACAUGCCCGUCUACACGCACCACGCGUACCCUCUGAUCCCGCCGGGGAUCCCGAAGCACGACACGAUGUACCGCAGCGACGUGUGCGCGCUCACGAGGUCCGGCCGGUACCUGUUCGCGACGAGCCGGGCCAACAGCUUCGACCUGCAGGGCUACAUCGCCGCGUUCCGGCUACGCGACUGCGGGUCGAUCGAGCAGCAGAUCUGCCUCAACCCGACGCCGACGAGCGGUGGGCACAGCAAUGCGGUUGCGCCGUGCGAUUGGAGCGAGGAGUGGUUGGCGAUCACGGAUGAUCAGGACGGGUGGAUCGAGAUAUAUCGGUGGAAGGACGAGUUCUUGGGUCGCGUCGCUAGGUGUAGGAUUCCCGAACCGGGGUUUGGGAUGAAUGCUAUAUGGUAUGAUUAA